AUGCUCUUCGAACCAUAUCCAGGGGAACAACAAGAUUUACGAUGGGUCACAAUCACACUAACUUGUCUAGCUGUUGUCUUGCUACUUGCACGCCUCACGAGUACGUGGAAUCGCAGUGGCUCACUUGGGUGGGAGGACGCCUCUGUUGUCAUGUCUACAAUAUUUCUUGUCUUACUGGCUGUCAUGAUAAACAUGUCAACUAAUUCAAUUGAUGAAAAGCGGUGGCAGUUCUUCUGGUACUCCCAAAUGAUGUACCUUUUUACCAACGGCUUCAACAAAAUGGCGUUUCUGAUGCUGUACUACCGUAUCUUCGCGACCAGACGGUUCCGCCAGACCUGUAUCGUCUUGAUGGUUGCCAGCAUGGGUUGGAUGGUCGCAUUCGUAACUGUUACUAUAUUCCAGUGCAUUCCGAUUCACAAGAUAUACGACUUGAAAAAUGUACCAGGUACAUGUAUCAACUUCGUGUGGCAGAGAUGGAUGAACGCGAUUCUCAAUCUGGUCAUUGACGUUACAAUUUUUUUCCUCCCACUACCCAUCGUCAGCCGCCUCAACAUGCCCAUGAGCAGUCGAAUUGGUCUCGGUAUCCUGUUCUCGGUAGGCUUCUUCGUCUGCUUGAUUACCAUACUCCGUAUGGCGACCCUGCCAGCGACUCUAAGAUUUAGAGAACCGACGUGGGAAUCGGCUCCUGCAAACCUCUGGUCAUUUAUCGAGGCUGCCGUUGGGGUUAUAUGUGCCUGUCUUAUUAGCCUUCGUAACACGAUAGCGAAGCUGUGGCCAAAACAAUGGAGGAGUAAUUAUAGGAGUACGUCAAGGCCAAAAAACUUUGGUCAUCCCUCUCACGGUAUACGUUUUCCGAAACCAAGCUGGAUCACUAGCAAGCGGAAUACCAAAGACACAUACCCUCUCGAAUCGAGAGAUCCCACACGUGGAGGAAGGAACGAAACGCUCGUGAGCCACUCAUUGGUCCAAAGUGAGAGCCAAGAGCGCAUUAUCGAGGGCAUAACAGUAACGACAAAUGUAGAAGUUUGUAGGAACUGA